AUGAUUCUUGCCGCGGGAUGCGCCAGUUGGCAUUUGCAGACUGCCUUAGUGGCCGCGAGUUCCUGCACUUCGCGAUACGUGAGUUCUCUCUUCAGCCGCGGGCGAAGCGACCGAUCUGAUGAUUUACAAGAAAUCGAGCGCACUAUCCGACCCCCCAAGCAGCCUCCUCCGUCUUUGUCGUCCGCAGUAAUGGCUCCACGAACCCUUUCGCCCCCAGUCACCUGCUCGUUUCGCGGCAUGGUACCACGCCAAGUUUGGGUAGAGUCGUUGAACGAGGAGAAGGAGAGAUACCUUGACAUUGUUGAUCUUCAUCCAGACGUUUUCGCAAUAUUCCCGCGGUUAGACCUCGUUCACAAGAAUCUCUACUGGCAGGCUCAUUAUCGCAUUGUUGACUGGCGGUGCAUAACAACUCGAGCAGAACUGCUCCACCGCAGCCGUCGCAAGCCCUGGCCUCAAAAGGGCACAGGUCGUGCGCGUCACGGCAACCGAAGGACGCACAUUUUCGUCGGUGGAGGCCAAUGUAAUGGUCCUCGGGGUCCCGAGUCCUACUUCGCCAUUCUGCCUUACCACGUCCGGCUCAAAGGACUACUCAGCAUGCUCACUACGAAGCAGGCCCAAGGCGACCUUUAUGUCGUGGAGGACUUCGUGCUCUCCUCCGAGCUGGAGUCCGCAGCAGCGAAGGUCUACGAACUCGCCAAUAAUCGUGCCAUGGAUCGUCUGCGAUUGUAUAAUGAAGAAAGCGAUGAUGAUGCCUUAGUACAGCGCCUUCAUCUGAAAGAACGGUUGAAGGAGAAACCAGUCGACGAUCUUGACGUUCUUGCUUCCUCGAUCGCGAGGGAGAAGGAGGAGGAGGAGGAGCUCUUGGAUCUCAUUAAAGGAGGUCGAGCUGCCGAAGCUGCGAGUUUGGGUCUACGUGCGGCGGAGUAUCUACGGCGGGUUGUUGAUGAACGCGGUUGGGGACCUGCUGUGCUCUUCAUCACAGAUGUAGAGAAUUACUUGAACGGAAGUGAAAACCCGACCAGUGGGUUGGCAAUGGCCUUGGCAUGUGCCAGCUAUGCCCACUACGUUGAUGUCGAUGUUGCUCCGGAAUCUGCUGCUAUCCAGGCCCGUUUACGCGAGGGUUCUCAGUACGCCGCACCACGGAGCUUACAUCCCGGUCGCGGACUAACCCUCAUGCCUGUUCAUGGCUUGAACGUCUGGUCAAUGGUCCAUCAUGACAGUCUGGUGUUGACACGGAAGGCGCUGGACAUUCUAGAGGCACGUCUGCUUGCGGCACAGCGUCGUGUUGUCCGCCCAGACUCGACUGCUGAAUGGCGUCCUCCACUGGCUGGCGAUUGGUUGGUGGAACGGAGUCAUGAGGAGGAUGGGGCUCACUGCCCUGAGCGUCAUUUUUCUGGCUUGGUAGGAGAUCCUGAAGAGUUGAGACAGAAAUUGCAGUAG